CCCAACCUCUAGACGUUUCAAAUCUUUGGUUGUUUCGUAGAGAAAAAGAGAGAGAGAGAGCGAAACGCAGAGAGCCGAAGAGAAAGAGAGGGAAGCUAAGAGAGAUGGCCCGUACCAAGCAAACUGCUCGUAAGUCCACUGGAGGAAAGGCUCCCAGGAAGCAACUCGCUACCAAGGCUGCCCGUAAGUCUGCACCCACCACCGGUGGAGUCAAGAAGCCCCAUCGUUACCGCCCUGGUACUGUUGCUCUUCGUGAAAUCCGUAAGUAUCAGAAGAGUACUGAGCUCCUGAUCAGGAAGCUGCCCUUCCAGAGGCUUGUUCGUGAAAUUGCUCAGGACUUCAAGACUGAUCUGCGUUUCCAGAGUCACGCUGUGUUGGCUCUUCAGGAGGCUGCUGAGGCUUACCUUGUAGGUCUGUUUGAGGACACUAACCUGUGUGCCAUCCAUGCCAAGCGUGUUACCAUUAUGCCCAAGGAUAUCCAGCUGGCUAGGAGGAUCAGGGGUGAGCGUGCUUAAGCUCAAAGUCAUAUGAAUGAAAAAUUGUGGAGGGGAAGAAAUUGUGGCUGCGCACGGUGGACCGAAUUGAAUAUGAUGGGGUUUUUUUUGGAAAGGGUGGUGUCUUUUGGAAUGUUAUCUGUUAGGUAGCAGCUAGGUAGGUCUAGAAGAAGUAUUUUGAGUUUUUUUUAGUUGGAUAUAUGGAAUUGUUUAACAGGCGAAUAGACCUUUAUAUGUUAAUCAAUGCCUGGGUUUGGUGGUGUGCUGUCAUGGGUUGUUUUGUUUAAUGGGAAUGGUGGAAUCUUAAAAGGGGUGUUGUUCUGUCAAUCUUAUUUUUUGUUUUUGUGGACGUGUGCGGUCACAUUGAUGGUGUUGUUGAACAAACUUAUAUUUCAUCUAAUCGUAGUUUAGUUUGUUAAUUCUUA